AUGGCCUCUCCAGACCGACACCAUACCUCUCCUCCUACAUCACCUCUCUCGGCCCUCUCGCACACGCCCUCACCCUCGUCGCCUUCCUCGCCUCUGUCGAUCCUGUCCAAAUCGCCGUCGCUGUCACCGGCCGCGCCCGCCAACAUGGACGUCGCUACACGUUACCCGUCCCCCAGUUCUACUGCCACCCAGUCAGGAAGUGCCUCGCCUCUCAAGCUGCUAGACAGCCAGGAGAUUCAGGUCCGCACCGACGACGCACCCCCUCCCCCCAAGAGGCGCAGGCUCGCACCGCCCAAGCCCCGGACUACCGAAUACCUGGACCUCGACAACCGCGACGAAUUUGCCGAGAUUCACUUGGAGCGCUUGCUCAAUACCUUACGGCGCAAGAAGAAGAUCGUGGUCAUCGCCGGAGCUGGAAUCUCUGUCUCAGCCGGGAUACCCGACUUUCGAUCUAGGGAGGGCCUCUUUAAGACCCUCAAGGACAAACACAAAAUCAAGGGCGGCGGCAAAUCUCUCUUCGACGCCUCAGUCUACAAGGACGACAAGUCUACCGAAGAAUUUCAUAAGAUGGUUCGCGACCUGUCAAGCCUGACAAGAGAGGCCAAACCCACACCAUUCCACCACAUGCUAGCAACAAUCGCCCAAGAGGGCCGCCUGAUGCGUCUCUACUCCCAGAAUGUCGACUGUCUCGACACAUCCCUGAAGCCUCUGGCGACCAACAUACCCCUAAACACAAAGGCUCCUUGGCCCAUCACAAUACAACUCCACGGCGGUCUUGAGAAGAUGCAGUGUACCAAGUGUAGCCACGUGAACAACUUCGACGGCUCACUCUUUCAGGGCCCCGAGCCUCCAUUAUGUGAUGAGUGCAGAGAGGCCGACUUCGUGCGCACUGAAUUCGGAGGGAAGCGGAGCCACGGAAUCGGGCGUCUCAGACCACGAAUGGUUCUGUACAACGAGUAUAACCCAGAUGAGGAUGCAAUUGGCAAAGUUUCUCAAGCUGACCUCCGACGGGUCCCCGACGCCGUCAUUGUCGUCGGCACGAGCCUCAAGGUACCUGGCGUGAGGAGGAUUGUCAGGGAGCUGUGCCAGGCGACCCGCUCGAAGCGAGACGGUUUUACGGCUUGGGUAAACCUUGAACCCGUACCACAAGCCCCGGAUAUGAAGGACCUAUGGGAUCUGGUGGUCCGUGGGAAAUGUGACGACAUCGCUGGUCUCCUCAACUUUCCUCACUGGGAUUGUGAUACUGAAGAUAUCGGGAAGAAGGAAGAGUACAUGGUGUCUGGAUCAGCUGAGAAAGAAGUCGAGUACCAAGAACGCUGCAGCCGCGAUAGAAUCGACGUGUUGCUGGCCAACAGGAAACGCUCUUUCGAUCAAUCUAGCGAUACAGAGUCCAGAGCAGGCGAUGUACCCGCAGUCAAGUCGAUACUCGUCGACAAGAUACAAGGCACACUGCCGACGCCAAGUGCGAGCCCCAGACAGGGAACACCACAGCCUCGCAAACCACUACCAAAAGGCAAGAUCAAGCAGAGCACGCUCAGCUUUGGUAGCCAGUCUGCCACUGCUGAAAGUGAAGCGAAACCUGCGAAAGUCACGAAGCCUCGAAAGCCCCGGCAACCAAAGAAAACCAAAGACGCGAAGCCCAAUAAUGGAAUCAACCAAGCAUUCAAGGCAACCAAGACUGUCACAAAGGUCGGCAGGCCGAGCAAGACGCUCGGCAAGCAAAUCAAGAGUGAGCCUGUGUCCCCCAGAAUGUCCUCACCACUGGAGAACAAGCGCGACCUUCCCAAUGCUCUCCCAUCGCUGCGACCAGAAGCCAAGGAUCAUGGGAAGCUUCCCUACCUUAAUGUCGCAGCCUCGUCCAGCGAGCUGAGUUUUGUCAGCGCAACAAGCGACUUGGUGGGGGAAAACACAGUCAUUUCAAACUCAAAGCCACGCGGAAUGGAGAACCUGAUGGAUUAG